UCUGUGUGACGUCACCGGCAGGCGAGCAGUGCGCAGCAGGUGCUGGUGGCGGUGCGGGACGGGCAGAGCCGGCGGACAGAUUCUGCAUCACACAUGAACUACGACAACCCUCCACCCUACACCGGCCCGGGCCCCACUGCCCCAUAUCCACCCUAUGCACAGCAGCCAGGGGGUCCUCCUGGCCCCUACCCGGGCUAUCCUCCUGGACCCACUGGACCCUACCAGCCAGGCCAGCCGGGUUACCAAGGCUAUCCCCAGUAUGGAUGGCAGAAUGCGCCUCCACCUCCAGGACCAGUCUAUGCAGAUGGGCCUAAAAACACAGUGUACGUGGUGGAGGAGCGGCGGAGGGACGACUCCGGUGAGAACGCCUGCCUGACGGCGUGCUGGACUGCGCUGUGCUGCUGCUGCCUCUGGGACAUGCUGACCUGACCGCGUGCAGACACCUCCUGAACCUCUCGCUGAGUGCUAUGCAGGCUCCCCACUCCUGCCCUAACUCCUUUCUGUUACUGUAAUCAACACUCUGCUUUGCACAGCCAAGAGUCCCCAUCUGUCAGUCCUAGCGCCUUGUUGGGGUGGGGGGUGCACUUCUUUAUUUUAGUAAAGGAAAAAAAAGUCCCUUUUUAACAUUUCUAAGACUUUUGUUGUAACUUUGAAGAAUGUGCUAAUGGUGUCUUUCAGCCAAAGGCAUUCCUAUGAAAUGUAUAUUUAUCAGUUGAACUUUUCCUAGUUCUAGAGAUGAAGAUGUACGCAAUAAUUAAAGCCAACAGUUGAUUUUCUCCACCA